AGAAGGGAAAAAUUUGGAAAAGGAUUUAAGGAGCGGGAAAAAUGGUGGGAUCGGAGAGGGAUGCGCGAGAGGUGGAAAGCGGAGAAGAAGAAAGGUAAGAGGCGCGCGGAUCCCUUCCUCCCGGUCGAGAAGGUUGGAAGAAGAGAGCCGUUGGGAGGAGAUCGGUGGUCGUAGCAGGCUCGCAGUGCAUCGGCUGGUACAUCGGCCGGCCGGACGUUCGACGUCGGACGCUUCACAUCACCGGGACACACUGAUGCAACGCGCGAGAAAAUGCCGACCACGCUGCCCGCUCUGUGUCUCGUGAUGCUGGUCUUGUGCAACGUUCACGCCAGUCUUGAACAUGAAAUUCCAAGGAGGAGCUUCCUGUCACGAAGAGCCAUCGAUGGGACAAGGGGGAGGAAAUACUUCGAUCCGGAAGAAGAGGGCGCGUUCGACAGCUUUGGAUCCGCUGGUGGCCAGUACAAUCCUUAUCAGGAGAAAACAGAUUUGUCAGAUAUCAGAAGGAACGUGCCGGGAGAGCCAGGCAUCGAUUAUCCGGCAUACACGACGCUUCCUCAGACGGGAUUCACGUGCGAGGGACGAUCACGAGACGAAAAAUCAAAGAGACGAAGAUAA